AUGUUCUCCAAAUUUAAAUUUCACGUAUUUCUUUUUUGCGGCAUCAAAUUGGCGUUGGCGGGUGCUUCGACCCAUCAAGUUGUCGAGCAGCUAGAAGAUGCCCCGUCUGGUUGGAUUAAAGGCGACAAGCCAUCGCCUGCGGCUAUGAUAAGAUUCCGCCUCGCGGUGAACCAUCCAGACAUAGCGACGUUUGAACAAGACGUCAUUGACCUUUCCACGCCAGGCCAUCCUAGAUAUGGUCAACACAUGAGCCGUGAGCAAGUGAGACAAUCGCUACGUCCAUCUUCAGAUGUGUCAAAUCAGAUUCUUUCCUGGUUGAAUUCGGAAAACAUCUCACCGGACUCUAUUGAACUUGACGGGAACUGGAUCAUGUUCCAAGCUGCCGUUUCUCAGGCAGAAAGAAUGUUGAACACCGAAUUUUGUUCCUUCAAGAACAAAAAUAGUAACACGACGGCUGUAAGAGCUCUUGAAUAUUCAGUACCAACUGAUCUUCACUCUCACAUUCUGUUAAUUCAACCCACGACCCGCUUCGGAGACUGCAAUUCCCUGCGCGGCUUGGGCGAUGAGCCGCCUCUCCUUGCAACGGCAGAAGACUUGGCUGCGGGAUGCGGAACAGUUGUUACACCCAGUUGCUUGCGAUAUUUGUACGGCCUUGAUAACACAACGGCAACACCCGAUCUUCGGAACCGACUGGGAAUAGCGGGUUUCUUGGAGGAGUAUGCUCGCCAUGGUGACCUCUUUCAGUUUUUGCAAGUAUAUGCGCCUGAGCAGAUAGACGCGAAUUUCACCGUUGUUUCUAUAAAUGGCGGCCAGAACGACGAGAACUCUUCCAAGGAUAGCAUCGAGGCCAGCUUGGACCUCCAGUACGCCAUUUCGAUAGCGUAUCGGGCAUUUGUGACAAUUUACACCACUGGUGGCCGCGGACCCGUGGUAUCUGAUGGCGAAGGAGUAACAGCCAUUUCCACCAAUGAACCCUACCUCGAGCAACUUCACCAUCUGGUCAACCUUCCAGACAAUGAACUCCCAGCUGUUAUAACAAUGUCGUACGGCGAAUCCGAACAGAGCGUCCCAAAAUCGUACGCUACCGCAAGCUGCAAUCUAUUUGCUCAGCUCGGUGCACGAGGGGUCUCUGUCAUUUUCAGCAGCGGGGAUUCUGGACCUGGAAGUUCAUGUCAAAGCAACGAUGGAAGCUAUCGAGCCAAGUUUCUCCCUACUUGGCCGGCAUCUUGUCCAUUUGUUACAUCCGUUGGUGGAACUACCGGGAUAGGACCAGAAACAGCAAUUGGCUUUUCUGGGGGUGGGUUUUCGGAUUAUUUCGGUCGGCCAUCAUAUCAAGAUCGUCCGGUCCAAAGUUUCUUGAACAGAAAUGGUGCUCAAUGGAAGGGCCUCUUCAACCCUGCUGGCAGAGGUAUUCCUGACAUUUCAGCCCAAGCGGCCCGCUUCAUGGUUCGAGACCAUGGCGUAUAUGUGGUUGUCGGAGGAACAAGCGCUUCUGCACCGGUAAUUGCCGGGAUAAUAUCUCAGCUAAAUGCAAUUAGAUUGGCACAUGGGAAGUCUCGGUUAGGAUUCAUCAACCCAUGGUUGUAUACAACGGGGCAAAGUGGUUUGACAGAUAUCAUAGAAGGGGGAUCGCGAGGUUGUGCAGGAUCUCCUGUCCACAAUGCUGGUUGGAAUGCCACAGUUGGGUGGGAUCCGGUGACAGGCUUGGGUACACCGUUCUUCCCGAUGCUAGAAGAGCUGGCAAUGUUCUGA